AUGAAAAAUGACCGUCAAAAUUUCUAUGUGAUUCUUUUAUUUCUAGCUUGCUUUGCUCAUUCAAUUCUUUCUGCUCCAGUUAGAACAGAAUUAUGUUGCUGUGGCUGUACGGAAGAACCGUGUCCAUUAGUAGGGCCCAGCUGCCCAGCUCCAGACGCACCAUGUAACAAAUCAAGGACUGUGAAAUGUUCGGCCCUCCAACGUUUGUUUGAAAUUUCUCAACACAAAAUACUUGCUGACGUUGGAGACGAGGAAGACGUCACUACUGUUCGGCCGACUCUUAACUUCGAAGUUGAACAUCAGAAAACACUGCAAUUACUUCCAACGUUGGAUGCUAGGGAAGUGCAAAGAAUGAAAAACGAGAUUCUGGAAAUUACAACAAACAGAACACGAAAAGCCGGAAUUAGACUGAGCCCUAGAAUAGAAUCGGAAAAAGUAAACGGUCUUCAUAGAAUCUCACACUUAAUGAAAGAAAUGGAAGGAAUUCUGUCGUUGAUGAGAGAUGAGGUCACAACUCAAAUCGAGAACUCUAGUCCAGUGAAAUUAUUGGAGGAGGCUGCCACAAGAACUGAGGUAGACUCAUCGCUACACGCCACUCCAAUGACGCGAGGAAUGAGAGUAAAAAGAGCGGAGACAGACAAUUGUAAUGAUGAAAAAUUGAGGAAAUUGAUAAAGGAUAACAUCAAGAAAGAUGCAAAAAGUUCUAAGCGAGAGAUUCAAAAAGCCGCUAACAAAGAGUUCGGUGGACAUUUCAACGUUAUCUGUUCUCCUUGCGAAUUCUCAUUCGUUGUUGCUUCACAAAAAUAUUGCGACGGAUUCAAGGACGAUGUCGCGUGUUUCGCCUUUCUUCAACCUCCAACGAAACUGAAGUUAGAUGACGAAUGA